UGCUCAUCUCCGCGCGUGCGUGUGUAGGAGUGCCGUGACGUGACUGUUUUCCCUCCCAUAUUCCCAAUAUCGUCUCAUAAGCAUAACGGAUUUGGAAAACAUCACCAUCACAAGUGCAUCGAUCAUUGAAUGGAAAGUGGUUUAUUAGAUGCGAGUGGGCGCGUGCAUCGGCAACAUAUUCUUGGGUGAACGCUCGAGAAGGGAAAAUCAGAAAUACGUGCUAUCUUUAGCUUGCACUGUUGAAUAAAACGCCUUCCCGUUCAGCACCAUCUUUUCGCUUGAAGGGCGCUCUGCUCUGCUCGACCUCGAUCCGCUCUGAAGUUUUUAAAUAUUAAAGUUUGACGUUGGUGAUCUGAAAAAAGAAUCUCCAUGGCAGAAAAUAAUUUCCCUCCUCUUCCACGGUUCAUUCCACUGAAACCAUGUUUUUACCAAGACUUCAACGAGAUCCCAGACCACCAGCGUACAAUGUGCAAACGACUGUAUUACCUAUGGAUAUUGAAUAGUGCCACCCUAGCAGUGAACCUGAUUGGCUGUCUAGCAUGGAUGUGCGGAGGGGGCGGGGCAACCAAUUUUGGGAUGGCCAUUCUGUGGCUGAUACUGUUCACCCCAUGCUCAUACGUGUGCUGGUUUAGGCCCAUCUACAAGGCCUUCAAGACGGACAGUUCUUUCAACUUCAUGGCAUUCUUUUUUGUCUUCAUGGCGCAAGUGGUGAUUAGUAUCAUCCAGAGUGUUGGAAUCCCAGGAUGGGGAGUGUGUGGCUGGCUGGCCACCAUCACUUUUUUCAGCACUAAUAUUGGCUCUGCUGUUGUUAUGCUGAUUCCAACCAUAAUGUUCACUGCCGUGGCUGUUCUCUCGUUCAUUGCGCUCACCAAGGUUCACAACUUGUACCGUGGCAGCGGGGGCAGCAUGAGCAAGGCUCAGGAAGAAUGGACCACCGGCGCUUGGAAGAACCCUCACGUCCAACAGGCAGCACAGCAGGCAGCUAUGGGGGCUGCACAGGGGACCAUGCAGGGUCAACAGUACUCGGCUGCCCCAACUUACAACUAUGAUGAGCCAAUGUAGAUCCUUUUCAGCCACAAUGGGGGGAGGGGACAGAAACAGGGUAUUUGGAGGGGGCGUUCCAGAGGGAUAAAGUCAGUGGUUGAAAUGGGGGAAGGGAGAAAGGAAAGAUAUAAGACAAUUUGAAUUCAAACAAGUUUCCAGCAGUACAACAAUACAUAAGCUUUUGCUUAAACUGUUCUACAAGUGUGUGAUAGUUUAAGGAGUUGCUUUCGGUAUUUAGAACUCCUCAAUAGGAAAAUAUCAGUCUUGCCAUGUGGUAUUACGGCAGAUUUAAUUAACAGUUAUGUAGUGUUUCUCCACUUAUCGUGUUUCAAACAUGGCUGAACUAGACCACCAGUAAGGAAACAUUCCAAAGCUCACUAUGUCUCUAUAGUAACUAGAUUCUCAGAUUCGUCAGUGUGGUAUUUGCAAGCCAGUUCUAUGUUUUGUUUGGCUGUUAGUAUUCAAGAACACAUUUCGACUAUUUAGCAAACGCAUCUUUACUCUCACGUCUUACAAAUAAACGUACGUUUUAUUCACAAAGAGAAGAAAUGAUCAGCUUUUGGAAGUAAAUUGACUGGUAUUUACUUGAUCUUGCAGUUGAAAAAGUAUAAACCCAGUUAACAGGGAACGUUCUGAGAACUUUAGCAAUGUUCUCUCAAAGUUAUAAACAAACGUUCUUCUAGUAACGUUCAAUGUUUGUUCAAAGUUAUCUGGUCUUUAAUAAUGUUCUCGAAUGUUAGCACAGUGUUAUUCAUACACCAUUCAUGGAACGUUUUUCUUCUAAAACGUUUUAGUUGGACAUUCGUCUAAUGUUUUUUAAAUAUUACUACUU